AAUGACAGAUAAUAAUACUAAAAAGGUAUAUAUAAAAAUUAAUAAUUUGUUUAGGAAGCACCACCCAAAAGACCUUAAUGUGCUUUCUUUAUUUACAAAUAGGAGGUAUACUAAUAAGUCAAGGAUGCCAAUCCUGGUAAGAAAAUGACCGAUAUAACUAAGAUCAUUUCUUAAUAGUAUAAACAACUGACCAAGGAUAAAAUUGAUUUAUACGAAUAAAAAUAUAAGGACAACAAAGUAGUCUAUGAAAAAGAAAAGAAGUUCUCAUAUCUAUUUAUAUAUUAAUAGAACCUAUGAGGAUAAACAUGGUAAGAUUAAGAAUGAAAGAAAGAAGAAGAAGGAUGAUACCAAGGCUACUAAAAAAGCUUAAAACAAAAAAUAGAAGAAAUAAGAAUCCGAUGAAGAUUAGAGUAGUGAAGAUGAUGAUUGAA